AUGUUCUACUCACAGUGGCUUCUCUCCAAGAAGGGCCCUUUAGGCACCAUAUGGGUUGCUGCUCAUUGUCACAAAAGGCUCAAGAAACAGCAAGUUAAAGAGACUAACAUCUCUUCUUCUGUAGAAAAAAUUAUGCGAGAUGAAGUUCCCAUUGUCACAUACAGAAUACUAGCAUACCUUCUUCUGGGUGUUGUGAGGGUAUUCUCGAUGAAAGUUGAGUAUCUGUUCCAUGACUGUCGUAAUGUGCUGACUAAAAUCACUGAAUUUUCGGGUAGCAAAAAAGCUAAGGCAAAUAUGGAGGCCAUGUGUGCACCUUUUCACUCUAUUACCCUGCCAGAGAGUUUUGAACUUGAAGCUUUUAAUCUGGAAGUCUUGGAAGAUGUAAGCGGUGCUAAUGUGAGACCUCAUGAAGAGAUCUUGCUUGAAGGUAUUGAUUAG